CUCGGUGACUGAAUAACCCCCAACCCCAGCAAGAUUUCGCGGUGACUAAAGAAGCCACUGUAGUUUUUACACUUGAUGUGACACAGAAAUCCCACGACCAGCACAAAAAUCGGGAUUAGUCUCAGUUGCCAAAAAUGGUCGCUAACAGUCUCUCAGACAUGCUCGCCAUCGCUGGCACCAGCAGUAACUGCGCGAAAGCCUCGUUGUGGAGAAGCUCAUCCUCUAGUCCGGAAGCACUUUCUGACUUUUACCGCAACGCCCUGGGUCAGCCUCUUGCUCCUGACAAAGCGGCUCGUAGGAUUGCUUUGAGCUACUCACAGCGAAGCCCAUCAACCUCAUCUACAUCAUCAGCUUUUUUGGAUUGCCGCACUACAACAUCUAUGGAGGAGGAGGUCGCGCCUCGUUUCCCACGCUCAUCAACCAAGACAUCCAGAACUUCAACCUCUUUCUACAUGGAUUGCACUGACGUUUUAGAGGGUGGCUCCACUGACCCUACCUUGAUCCGCUCUGAAUGUAAGGAGUUUAAAGGCCUCUUUGCCGCCAAAGAACUCGUUCCUGAAGCCAUGCUCAGCUGUGGUGACACCCAUCCCGUCAAGGGCCACGACCUCGAUCCCUGGCGUCGCUUGCACUACAUCAAGGAAACCAACACCAACAUGUGGUACAAGUGCUGCGAACAGAGGAAUGCCAAGCAGUUCGUUUUUAACACUGGACCUGCACCGACGAACUUUGAAGGACCAUUUUUGCCUGGAUUGGGUCCUGUGCAUGGAUUGGCGAAGAAAGUAGUGGAGGAGUUGAGGCUGGUAGGUGAUUUUGCGACGCAGAUUUAUGAGAAGAUCAGGUUGGCAUCAAUUAGUGGAGGGUUGUUUGGUGGGAAUGAGCACGAAAGGACGUUGGAAAAAGCGCAGCUGGCGUCGAUUAAGGCGGUACUUAGACGAGAUUGUGAUUGUCCAGUGUUUUUCUUUUUAAUAUUAUGAUUUGAAGAAAGACGGAUUAGUACGAUUCAUUGCUGCCUACAUCAAUUUGUUUGUUGAUAUGAGCCCGAGUCUCCAUCUACAUCUUUCACGUCACUUUCCUUAACCACCUCCACCACAGGCCUGCCUAACGUCGAAGCAGUGCAUGGGAAAGAGUUACACCGACCAACGCGUGAUAUACAACAUGCAGCCACCUCGCUUUCUACGUUGUUCUCUGAUGCAAGACCUUAAAACACACGUUGACGCUUUCGGGAGACGAAAAACUUCUCAUGAUUGCGCUUCUUUCAAACGCAGAUUCGCUGAAAAACUCCUUUCCACAGCAAACGGCUUCGUUCGGGUUUUGAUGAAACAGGCGAUGAAGUUCGUUCCGCCGUAUACACCCUGUCGAGGACAGAGGUAUAGCUGCUUGAUACCCUAUGAUGGGAUGGGUAAGAAACAGAAGGAAAACUUAGAGGAGCCAACUUGUGUAGACAGCGGCUGGAAAAACGAACCUUGGACAUUUCCUCACAAUUACAUGGUGACUUACUUGUAGAAGCAAGGGCAUGAUCUACUUCCAGCACAUGAUCAUAUUG